AUGCAACAUGACAGUUUAAUAUGGGAGAUCAUCAGCAAAGGCAAAUGCUCUUUCCUGGUAAAGACCCAGACACAGAAGUUUUGCCGAAAUGAGGAUAAUGUCAGUGGUUUGUGCAACAAAUCAUCUUGUCCCUUGGCCAACUCGCGUUAUGCAACCAUCAAGGUGAGCCUUUUCAUUGCACAGAACUGUGUUGGCCAUGCCUCGUUGAGCCUUUCGAUGAAUCACAGCUACAUGCUAUGUGGCAAGGUGCCAUGGUAA